UUCAUCUGCUCUUAUUUUAUGGAUGUCGGGGUUGGGGUGAAUAAGAACGAACUGAUGGCGGGUUCGCGGCAUUCUUUGUUUUAGAUCAUUUAAUGGCAUCAGUAUUUCGUGACUGCGUGCUCGUUUGAAUCGCUCAUUUGAUGCCUGCCUUAUCUAAAGGAAUGCCGCAGUUAACAAUUAAGGCGUGAGGACCACGUUUCACUUUUUCAGUUGAGUUUGCCGAGGAUUUACGUACCCUUAAUGCUCGCAUAACGAGGAAAACAGUAGCCUCCAGAUCUACCUUAACAUUCCGUCCAUGGCAUAACUUCAAAGUGCCCUUCAGAUGUUCUACCUUGAGUCCGAGCUACAGUUCGUGAAACAGACGUGCUUGACAUUGUCGGGGGAAAGAGAAUUGAAUCUCGGAGGGAUUUUUUGCAGUGUACCGCCCCGCUCAUUGUUGUAAAGAAGCGAUUGUGAAUCACAGAAGCCCCUUUAUACUGGGCGGGUGAUUCCUACGGGACUCUGAGACCCUAACACGCCGGAGGAAUGGUCGCAAUAUAACGGUGUUUGGAGGUACGCUCUGGUGGAGAUUGUAUUCACAGCAUUUCCCCCUGUCAUUCUCGGAAUACACACUGUAUCUGUGAAAAGCGUGCUCAAUGAGUGCCAGGACAUCCGAGAAUUUGGCGCUUUCCAUACCACCCUGUACCUUCAACGGGACUGCCCAAAACAAUGGCACCUGCAUCGAACAGAUGGACCAGUUGUUCCAGUCGUUCUCUUCCACCGCCGUGCUAUUCGUGCUCAUCGCACUGAUCAUUGGAAUCAUAUUUAUAUCCCUGGUCACUUUUCACUUUCACAAAAGCAAGAUGAAAAAGCGCAAGAUCCAGAAGGCCCAGGAGGAGUACGAACGCGACAACUGCAGCCCCAAAACCGUCAAAGGGAAGCCGGUAGUCCGGCAGUGUAUCAUGGUGAGACCGGGUAAACGGCCACCCGCCGCAGUCCGGAGGAGUGAACCAAGCACACCGUCUCAGGAAGACUCCAGCGUUACACCCAUCCCGGAGAACGAGUCAAAAGCGAACACACGACACACGGGACAGGCAAAUGACCAGAACUUGCUGGAAUCUGUCGCGGUAUCUUGAUAAUGCAAUACCACAAAGCAUUUAAGGAACAAUGUAAAUAGAUACUGUGUAUUCAUACUAUUAUAUUCCAUAGGGGUUAAAUAGAUUCUACAAUUCUACAAGCAUGAACAAUGAUAAGUCUUCAUUAUAGCUUCAGCAGGAGCGCGAAGCAACCACUAAGAGCAGUAAAUUACUUUAUACAGAGCGAACAGUCAGCCUCUGGAUCUUUGACGGUUUUUUGACGUCCUUUCCUGGGGGACUUUACCGGCCUAGGGCUCGUUGGAACGGAGGACCAUCUACAGGCAAAUGGAAUUAACUGUAAUAUAGUGAUCAAGUCAGUUACUUGGAAAUGUGCUAUUUCUUUUUUUCCUGCCGGCGAAGUAUUGUGGUGGGAUCAGGAGAGUCGAGCAGAGAUGCAGGAAAGGGCCGGGCGGCUGCACAUCUUGUAUAGUAGACCGCCGCUGUCCAGUGCUGAAGUGCUGAAAUCGAGGAGGCGACGCGGACUAAUGUUCUUCUCCCCGUAGAACUCCCGUUAGUCGCGCAUUUUCUUUUGUAGACUCCCUUCUCCUGAGUUCAUGGUAAAUCAGUCAACGUUAAGUGUUUCCGUAGAGCAUACUUACUUCAGUUGAGCUAGCUUAUAGCCUAGUAGUUCGAGAGUUAAACCUGGCCAUCUUAAGUACUUUUAACUAAGCGCUAUCCCUGCCGUAUUAACCUGGCCUAGACAUAUACGUAAUUUUAUACCCAGCUAAAUCCUUUCCCGAGACUGUUAACGUGAAACUGCAGCUACUAGUGGUUGUAUACCCUUGUUUUGGUAACGGUGCUGUAUAGUGAUAUUUAUGUACUACUAGCCUACUAAAGCAUUUCAGUUUAGUCAUAAUACAGCUCGGAGUCAGUUUAAUGCUUUUAUUUUGCUCUUUAAUAUUCCUUCGUUAUUUUUGCUCAUAUUUGCAUUUAGAUAAAUAUAUAGGCUAAACAAAUAUUCUUUCUUGAUAAUUUAUUUAAAUCAUAAGAUUA